AUGGCAGUAACAGCUGUCCUGUGGCGAAUUUGGCGGUCCCGGAACUGGGUUGUAUUUGAAGGAAAGCAGUUUGGGAUUCCUGCUCUGAUGCGACAAUAUCACCAGCAGUAUCAGGAGUGGAUUGGUUUGCUGGUUAGUAGAUCUCAGGGAGGUCCUGUUCCCCCGGAAGUGGAGAUUCCUCAUUGCCCUAUGAUCUGCUUGUGGGAUGGGGCUACUAUGGCAGCCUCCCACUCGGUAGGAGGGAUGUUUGUGAAGAAUCACUUGGGGGACGUUCUUAUUGCCAGAGGCUUCCAGUUUGCAGGCAUUGAGUAUCCGUUGAUUGCUGAAGCUCUUGCUCUUCGAGAGGCGAUUCUCUGGUGCCGAGAUUCUGGGUUUGCUGAGGUGCGCUUUGAGGGGGACGCCAAGGUGCUUAUUGAGAAGGUUAACCAGGCAAACACUAGGGAUAAUAAAGUUGGGGCGCUCCUGGAGGAGAUUGUAGGGGUUCUUGGUUUGAUAGGAGGGUUCUCUGUUCGGUUUGUUGGUCGGCAUAGUAAUAGGGCAGCCCACUUGGUGGCUAGAAAGGCUCUUCAUUUGUACCCGACUACGAGUCGUUCCUUUAAUAUUCUGACCAGGUUCAAUUCCAGGAUGUAA